AUGGGACACAUGCUCCCUGUCUGGACAAAAACAAAAAUACUAAUGUGGAAGAAAAAUCACAUGCCUUAUUUGAAGGUAAGUGUAUUUCCAAUGAAUGUCACACCCAAAGCCGUGACACUAUAUAGCAAAUCCUCCUGCAGGGUUUAACAGGGUGGUCCACUCCUGUGUUCACCGAUAGGUAAGAAUUUAGAUACAAUGUCCAAAAUCAGAUGCUCACUGGAGUUUUCCUUUAAGCCUUGACAGCUCUGGUGCCUUUUGGUUGCCUGUGAUUCAUGAGACUAGUACUGGUCUUUUUAGAUCAUUAGCUUUUUAUUGUGAUUCAUACAGUAUUGAAGCCUGUACUAAAACAGGAUUAUCGAUAACUUAAACAUUUUACUGUCUAUGUACCUGGAUAAAUAUAAAUAUGAACCCGUUGCCUUAACAUUUACUCACCACUGCCAGCUAUAGCAUACUCACCAGGGGUGAAUUUCUACUCUAUUUACUUGCCAAUGGCUAGUAGCAAGUUCAUUUGAAACCUUGAUUUAAUGUGCUGAUAUAUAUAGAUAUCCUUGUACCUUAAUUUCUAAUAACAAGGCUUGUAUAAAGGGACGGUCAGUUUGGAUGCUCUUUAACUUCAAAAACAUAAACUGGUACCAAAACUAAUGCAAAAGGACAGGUAAGGACCUAUAUGGGUUACGGGGACAUAUCAACAAUUCAUUAUGAUUUUCCGGGACACAUUUGACAUACCACCUAUGUCUGCCAUAUAAACCGUAAAUAUUUUACAGAUUUAUGAACAAUGCCGUUAUGGAGAUAAUAGUAAGUUUUGAUAAGAAUUAUUAUCAUGUAUUUAUUUUUUUCUAUUUUUGCAGUUCUGCUCUGAAUUAAAUCAGCCAUCCCUACCCAACAUUCGUAAGUGGAAAGGAGUCAGAGGCUCUUGGAAGUGUGUCAUAUCCGAAAAGCCAUCAUCCUACCUAAACGAGGUACACAACGUCUUUAUUUUUAGUUACAGUUUUGUUUUGUUUUUGUUUUUUUAAUUUAACUCAGGGAAAUCUCACUAGGAAGAUGUUUUUAAUUUGUUUUGGCACUUACCUCAUUUUUUAUUAUCAUUAUUUACUGGCCAAGGACAGGUAUCCGGUUGUUUGUUCAAAAUCCUAUAAUGCAGUGCCAACUCAUAAUGAUUGAGCUGAUAUUAAGAUAGUGUGUUCGUGUAUGUGGAAAUAGUUUUCUUUUUAAUUGUUAUUAUGUGUUUUGUGAUUUUGAAAUUCAGUUAUGGGUGUAGAAUUAUUAGUAUUUCUUUAAUCCCUGCUUGGAAGAAACAGGUCAGUCGAGAUUAGAUUGCACUACAAUUGGUAAAAAGGUGAGCAUAGCUAAUAACAAUACAAUAUAACUUAGUAAGUAUUUACACUAUACUAUACCUUUUUAGCCUUUUACGUUUUUAGUUAUGUGUGCAGAUUGUUAAUGCUUUCAGCAUUUCCCACCUCCCAUCAUUACAUUUAUCCCUCAACUUAUGGAGACAUUAUUCUCUGUGGGACUGUAACAUCAUUUGUUUAAAGCAGACAGGCAGCAGUUCUGACUUUUAAAAUAGUCUGGAGUGGUGAUGACCACAUUAGUAAAAUGAGAAUAAAGUUGUUGUUGUUGUUUUUAUAUUAUGCAACCCGAGCUCUGCCCACCUUUUAGUUCAUGGGUGCCCACAGUAUAAGAAUAUAGAUACAAAGUCCCAAAAUAUUCUUCUUUACUGUUUCAUUUAAAAAUAUUCCAUUCUUUUGCUGUAGAACAGUAUAUUGGCACAUAGACUCAUACACACUUAUGAAAGACUCCAAACACUGUAAUCAUGAUGAAGAAGACUAUUUGUAAACGGAUUAGCAACAGUAUGAGCAUCUGAUUUUGGACAUUGUAUCUAAAUUCUUACCUAUCGGUGAACACAGGAGUGGACCACCCUGUUAAACCCUGCAGGAGGAUUUGCUAUAUAUUGUCACGGCUUCGGGUGUGACAUUCAUUGGAAAUACACUUACCUUCAAAUAAGGCAUGUGAUUUUUCUUCCACAUUAGUAUUUUUGUUCACACAGGGAGCAUGUGUCCCAUCUGGAAAUUUGGCUUUUUUAAAUUUAAAUGGUCACUUUUUCCAGUGCCAAAACUCACGCGGUGUGCCGUUUCCACAAUCGCCCCAUCCAAUGCUUCUCAUAGAGAACCCUUACGGGUGAGAUGUGCAUGUGCGGCAAGUGGACAUCCAAUCAAAUGCUUCUCAUAAGAAAGUAUUGAAUCCAAUGCAUACCUAUGAGCUGCAUUUGAUGACAUUUGACAUCCUCAUGGAGUAGAAUGUCACACGAACAAGUCAGACUUAGUUGUUGCAGCGCAAGUGCCUUUAUCAGAUGUCAGGAAGCCAGCCACAAGAGGCGUGUUUAAGCCUUUUUUUAGAGUGAAGGGCUGAAAUGAUAGAUUCAUUGAGAUUAAGUGGUUUGGUUCUGUUUAUAGGUUAUUAUAAAAAAGUGUGUGCUUUAUAUAGAAUUGGACUUAUAAUAUUUAUAUGGAAAUGUUUUAUGAUAUUUAAUUUUAAAAUGUCUAAUUUUCUUUCCACAAUCCCCAGUUAAAUGAAAAAUACCCUAUUUUUAAUUGGUCUUUGACCAUUUACCGUAUAUACUCGAGUAUAAGUCGAGCUUUUCAGCACAUUUUUUUGUGCUGAAAAACCCCCACUCGACUUAUACUUGAGUUAAUGUCUGUAUUAUGGCAAUUUACAUUGCCAUAAUACAGACCAGGACCGCCAGGCUCAUUACAAGCCCGGCGGUCCUGUUGGGGGCUGGCAGAGAGCUGUUACUUACCUUUCCUGCAGCUCCUGUCAGCUCCCUUCUCUCUCCUCCGUUCCGGUCAGCUCCCCUGUCAGCUCCACUGUAAAUCUCGCGAGACACAGGGAACGCUCUGCGCGGCCGCAAGACUUACAGUGGAGGAGAAGGGAGCUGACCGGAAUGGAGGAGAGAGAAGGGAGCUGACAGGAGCUGCAGGAAAGGUAAGUAACCUCUCUCGUCCAGCCCCUCUUCUGCACAGCCCAUCCACUGGACUACCAGGGAAUGAGAGCCCCCCUCCCUGGCCAGGCAACAAGCAGGGAGGGGGGAUGAAAAUAAAUAUAAAUAAAAAAUUAAGUAAUAUAAUAAAAAAAAUAUUAAUAUAUAUGUAAAAACCUUUUUUAAUUAUUUAGAAAAAAAAUAAAAAAAAUGCCCACCCCCCCACACACACACACUGCACUCAUACACACUGCAUUCAUACACACACACACUGCAUUCAUACAAACACACUGCAUUAUAUACACACACUGUAAAUAAAUAUUCAAUUAAUAUAAUUUUUGGGGGAUCUAAUUUUAUUUAGAAAUUUACCAGUAGCUGCUGCAUUUCCCACCCUAGUCUUAUACACGAGUCAAUAAGUUUUCUCAGUUUUUGGGAGUAAAAUUAGGGGUCUCGACUUAUAUUCGAGUCGACUUAUACUCGAGUAUAUCCGGUAAUUGGUCUUUGACUAUUUAAAGAAGGAAAAGUUCAACAACUCUGUAGCAGCUCUAGUACCUUUAUACUAUGACUUUUUUAUAUAAACAGCUCUAGUACAUCAUACUAUUCUGUUAUUUGUAUAAACAGCUCUAGUACCUUAUGCUAUUCUGCUAUUUGUAUAAACAGCUCUAGUACCUCAUACUAUUCUGUUGUUUGUAUAAACAGCUCUAGUACCUCAUACUACUCUGUUAUUUAUAUAAACAACAGCUCUAGUACCUCAUAAUAUUCUGUUAUUUGUAUAAACAGCUCUCGUACCUCAUAAUAUUCUGCUAUUUGUAUAAACAGCUCUAGUACCUCAUACUAUUCUGUUGUUUGUAUAAACAGUUCUAGUACCUCAUACUAUUCUGUUAUUUAUAUAAACAACAGCUCUAGUACCUCAUAAUAUUCUGUUAUUUGUAUAAACAGCUCUAGUACCUCAUAAUAUUCUGCUAUUUGUAUAAACAGCUCUAGUACCUCAUACUAUUCUGUUAUUUGUAUAAACAGCUCUAGUACCUCAUACUAUUCUGUUAUUUAUAUAAACAGCUCUAGUACCUCAUAAUAUUCUGUUAUUUGUAUAAACAGCUCUAGUACCUCAUAAUAUUCUGCUAUUUGUAUAAACAGCUCUAGUACCUCAUACUAUUCUGUUAUUUGUAUAAACAGCUCUAGUACCUCAUACUAUUCUGUUAUUUAUAUAAACAGCUCUAGUACCUCAUAAUAUUCUGUUAUUUGUAUAAACAGCUCUAGUACCUCAUAAUAUUCUGCUAUUUGUAUAAACAGCUCUAGUACCUCAUACUAUUCUGUUAUUUAUAUAAACAACAGCUCUAGUACCUCAUACUUUUCUGUUAUUUGUAUAAACAGCUCUAGUACCUCAUACUAUUCUGUUAUUUAUAUAAACAGCUCUAGUACAUCAUACUAUUUGGUUAUUUGAAUAUAAGAAAUUCCAAAAUAGAAUGUAAUGAUUAUAAGUGGUUGUUUUGUUUAAUUUAUUUGAUUUAUGGAUCUAAGUUGAAGCAAAAGUAUACCGUUAUAGUGAGUGAUUUAAGAUUCAUUGGCCUUGCUCAAGCUGUACAUCAUUUGACAUAUUAUAAACUGUAGGAAGCAACAAAAGCUAAAUGAUAUUCUACCACUCUGUUCCCUGUAUAGUUACUAUAGAAGUACUACACUCCUUCAUUAUUUUUAGGAUGGAAAUGAAAUAUCUGGAAUAUUCAAGCCAUGACAAACUGACAAAUCCAGAAGGAAAAUUUAGAUAUAUUUUAAAGUCAUGUGAGGUAAAGCAGACUCAUGAAAAAAAAAGAGAAGGUAUUAUAUUGUACAAGAACUGUACAAUGAAAAUGAUUGUAUUGAUGAUUACAUUUUGUAAUCACAGAUAAGUUACUCAUACUGCACUGAAAUAGUUUAUAUCCAUACUUAAAACCAGUUCACGCUCAGUGCAACAGCAAAGAACAAAUUCUCGCUCAGCAUUUAUGUCUCUUUGCCUCAUUUCUAUUUCUGUGUAUUUAAUUACAGAAUGAUUUUGAAAAGACAGUGAAUUUUUAUGACCGUCUAUUAUCUGUAACUCCAUUAUUAAUUUCCUGGGCCUGGUUUAUCUCUCUCCCUAUCAAGUUGAGAUAACCAUCAUUUCUAUAAUGAAAUAACAUUUUAUGUUUCGUCGUUAUGGCGUGUAUGACAAUGUGGGCCACAAUAUCAUUGCUGAAGCUGAAAUGGGGAGAAUGCUGUGUUGCUUUUUUUGUAGAGUUGCAAAAUAUACAAUUUAAAGGGUUAGCACAAACACUAUAUGCAUUUUGCAUUGCACCCCAACUCUCUGAGAAUAGUGGCCCCUAGUGGCAGAAAUCUGUAUUAAUUGUUACCAAUAUAACAUAGGCCAUCAGUGCUAUCAAUCAUGUUGGCAGUAAAAGUUAUUUUAAUUGUAUUAAUUUUAUAUUUAUUUUCCUCUGAGAGAACAGAGCUGAGGACUGCCCUGAGCCUCAGCCAAUACUAAACAUCCUCUGUAGUUUUCCUCUUUUAAUCUGCUGUAGAGGAAACAGUGACAUACAAAAAUGGAAGGGGAAAACCGGUAGAUGAAGGGACUUCCCAAGUUGGGGCUUACCUCUAUUUUGAUGCAUUAUAAAGGUUAUGCAUUGCAUAUUUAUAUAUGUUAAGAAAUCAUGCCUGUGACGAACCAGUGUCCUCAGGAUUUGCUAAGUUUGCAUUAGACCCGAGAGUAGGUAAAACUACGAUGCAAUCACAAAGUUAUGAGGGUGGCUUUGGGAAUUGUAACAUGGCAUACCUAUGUGAUGUAUUUGACUGGUUUAAUUAGAUACAACAGUUAUUGGUAACAGAGUGAGGAAGGCUGUGGCAGGAGACCUCUCAACACCAUUACCAUAUGCAAGUAGCAAAGGCUGUCAAUUUAAAGGGACACUCUUAUCAGCAAACCUCAUCAUAUCUUUGAAGUGGUUAUGGUGCCUGGGGUCGCCUGGUGCUAUCCUACUGUUCAGUGUUAAACCGGUUUUGAAUGGUCUUUUGCAGACUAGCUCGCUCUGCUGCUCAGACUUUCAUAUCAAUCCAAGCAGUAACAGGUGCCAGAGAAAGGCAGAGAGCGUCAGCUGAGCACUCUCCGUCUAUCACUGUUACCCAGCGCUGUUAUGAGUUGAUCUGAGUAAAAUGUAACUUCUUUCUAUUAAACCCUCCAGUAGGGGUUGAGCUGCAGGCACCCUCAUUUAGUGUGAAACCAUUCAACAUUUGUGUAAUAUUGAACCAUGAGCCAGUGCCAAUGGCCUGAAGGCACAAUAACCACUUCAAUGAAAUGCAGUGAUUGUGGUGUUUAUCAUGUCCCUUUAAUACACAGCUGGGUAUUCAUUAGCUUGUAGCAAGAGAAUGAUUUAAGGGCUAGCUGCGCAAACUCCAAAAGAGUACCUUUUAUUUUAUUUCCUGUGUUUUUUAAAUUAUUGAUAAGAACUUGAAACUUCAAUUUGCUGCACCCUUAAUUAAAUGAGCAAAUUACAUAAUUUCUAGAAACUCUUAUACUCAUCAGUGGCCCUGCUAGUUUGACUUUCAAAUAGUUGCACUCUGUGGAUUUUAUGUUAUGAGCAGAGUGAAUUGAAAACCUCUUCAUCUUGCCACCCAUUGUCAGUGUUACGCUCAAGGAUUCAGCUGUUGUUUAGUACCAAAAGGACAUUGUUAGACAGAGUGUUAAUAUGUCUCUAUAGUAAACAUUCUAUUUCACUAAAUGCAGACUGCAUCAUUUCCAGGCUCUGUCUGCUCAGCACAUUAAAUCUGCCCCAUUUCUUUCUUUCAUCAGCAAUGCAAUGGGGGAAUUAGAGCCAAUGAGAUGGCUCAAAUAAAAAGCUUUUACUUGCAAUUAAUGGCAUAUAACUUGCACGGGAAGACAAAGGCUUACAGUAAUGCUAUUUCAAGCAAUCAUCAUUUGUGAGAUAAGAUGCAAUUUAUAAGUUGUUGAUGCUGAGUUGACUGGAAGCUGCUUUACCACUAAUACCAGUUUAAUGGGAUCGUAUUGAUCAUGCCAGUGUAUUGUUUCAAGAUUUGGCCCUGUUAUUUUAUGGUUUCCUGUAAUAGCUUGUAGCCAUGCAAGUGUGGUAAUAAUCAGAUCGUAGGGCCAAACAAAGCUUUGCCAAGAUCACAAAUGUAAGGUAAGGUAUAUCCACAACAUUUAAGGGGUUAUAAUAAGUGUAAAGCUGUACGAUAACCACUCAAAGUGCUGAUAUCAUGGCUGCCUGUGUUUCAGUUAGAUCACAGAUACUGCAUGUAACGGCACCCCCAGGCAUAAAGGGGAUAUUCCCCUUCCAGAUACACAGUCAGCUACCAAAGACACCAAUCCACCGAACCGGAGAAGUAUACGAAUGCUCUCAAACAUACGAAUGCUGUAAACAGUCGAAUAGGAAAAACCAUACAAAAGGUUUACACUCCUAGCAGUCGAACUGGAACAGCAUACAAUAAAUCCCCCCAAGAACGAGACAAGGCUCCGUAUUGAGGGUCAAAACAGGAACAGGCAGAGCUGUGGGUUUAUUGUUCUUAUAUAUCCAUUCUUACACAUUAGUACCACCCACAGGGUUUUGGAAAACAACCAAUAAACACGUACAAUACACUCAGACACUCCCACACAAAAUCAUCCCCUCUGCCUGUGAUACAAUUACAUUACAUAAUGGGUUAAUGUAAUUAUCACAGGCAGGAGAUACAGUUUUUCCACAUUAUUCAUAACUUUAAAAGUAUACAUCACAUUCACAUACAAUUACAUUUUCAGAAUCAGCAUACUCCAAAUACAAACAUAUGUCAAAAUCAUCCAGAUUGGUCCAUUGGUUCAAAAGAUAGAUCGAAGUCCUUUGUGACCAAAUGAAACAUGGCUUUUCUGCCCAAAACCAGUUCCACAGAGUCUUCUAUCCAGGAGAUAAUUGGGAAGUAAUCCAAUUAUCUCCAAGGACAGAGGCAAAACUCCAUUGAACACAUGGUAGCAAAAGACAAUAAAAUACAUAAAAAUAUAUAGCUGUGCAGCUAUUGCAUAAAACAGGUACAUUCAACAAAUCCCAAGAUAGCUUAGAUCUGAGCGCACAUUAUUACUGAAUGGCGCUCAGAUCUCAUACACACAGUUCAAUUGCCAUGGAGCCAAAGUCUUUCACAUAGUCUUUCGUUAUACGAAUGGGCUCCAUGGCAAAGCUAUCUGGGGUAUCAUUAUUCAAAUAGGGCAAAGUACCGAAUGACCCGGCUUUCGUCUCUUUGCAGGGGAAAAUCAAGCGUUUCAGCAUGGGGCCAUCGUCUAAAGGCAGCAGGCGGGCAACCAGGCUCCUCCAAUGCACAGUAGCCCAGAAAUAUGUCAGUCCAGUCCCAGUUUAGGAGAAACUUUCCAGGUUAUGUUUCCCUUGUGACCUGUUUCACACUGAUCUGGUGUACCUGCCUUGCCACGUAAAUAAUGAUGUAUAUUGUGUACCUGGCCCACCUUAAAGGGACACUCCAGACCCCUAAAGCACUUUAGCUUGCUAAAAAGCUUCAGGUGUCGAGAGUGUCCUAUUUUUUCAUUUUGCAGAAAAUGCAGACUUCAAUAGAAACUGAAAAAUCAAACAUGUUUAGGUGAAGACUAAAGAUGGAUGUGAUUUUUUUUUUUUUGUAUUUUUAUUUUAGAAAGCUGAAUAUUCUGGAUUUCUUUGGGACACGUCAGCUGGAAUUGAACUAAAGAAUGUAAUUUUACAAGAAAACCAACAAACUAAUGGCAGCAGCAAGAAUAUAUAUCCAUAUCCCUACAUUGCACAUUUCAAGGUAAUUCAUUAAUAUAAUGUGUUGCAUCACUUACAUUAAACAUUGUUGAGUGCGGGAAAUAGAAUUGAUGGCCCCGAAACUUCAUGGAACUUUCCCUGAUAAGGCAACCAAAUGUUGAUAUUUACCCUCUUACUCUGGACCUCCAGCAAGUCCUCUAUAUUAACAUGAUAAUAGUUUGAUAUUUAAUUCUUAGUAUUUCUAAAAUCAAGGUGUGCAUCAGCCCCACAAAAUUAAAAAAAUAAUAAUUCCGAUGUUUAAUAUUAAAAAUAUAUAAAAAUAAAUAAAUAAAAGCCUCUAUUUGGAAAAUUAAAACAUUUGCUACUUCCCACUACCUUGGAGUCCCAUCUCAACAUCCUUUGCACUGGUGCACACGCCACCCUCCUAAUCUUCAAACCUAUCUAUCUGAGAGCCGGGAAUGGCAACUUUACAACAUUCCUGGGAAUCACGUCUGAGCUCUGACUUAGAGUUCUAAACCACACACUUCCUUUCUCGACUUUGCCUCCCCAGCCUAGGGCUAAAUAAAAAUAUUAUUUGCCUGCCCGGCAUCUGGAACAAGGCAUGUCCUGGGCGUUGGACGAUAUGAAUUCCUCAUCCCUGUUAUAUAUUUUCUUCAUAUUAACUGUGUGUGUUGAUUAAGAUGGUAUCGGCUGUAUGUUGUAUGAUGUUCUGUUUAUGUUUUAUACAUAUAUUUUUUAAAGGUGUGCAUAUUUAUUUACAUUAUAUUUCCUCCUCGACAAAAUUGAUCCUCUGUUCAUCUUCACACAGAACCAUUUUUAUCUUUCCUUUUCAGGUCGGAACAAAUGAAGUAACACUGGUGAAUAUUCACUUGUCCCCUAACCUUGGGGAAGCCGGAAAGCACCAGAGUGACAGCCACAAAUUGGCAACCUUUGGCCAAACACUGCAGGAAACCCUGAAAGGUAUGCAAAGCAGCAUAAGCUUGAAGUAGGAACAUGACCCAGCCUGCCAUUAAUAGCCAUUCCAAGAAUGCUUCCUGGUAACCUGCAGAAAGCAUGUUUAUCGCACAACCUUCUAGCUUCGUGCUGGCAAUCAAUCACUGGGCACCUUGCUGUCUUUUAGACAUGCUACACUAACUGUAUCUGAUUGAUGGGUCCAUGCAUUAUUUCAGCUCUCAAGGACGAGCGAAAUACAAAGUGGAUACAAGAAACAAUCUUUAGUGCAGUGGUUUGAAUAUUAUUUCUAUAUAAAUAUAGAUCUUUACUAAGGCAUUGAUGCAUACAUUAGAUAUUUCUGAACUACACUCCCAUGAUGCUCAGCGAGCCUUAGAAAAAAUGGAGCAAUCACCAUGGAGAUGAUGUGGCGGGAGGUUUAUAAUAGGAAAACAGGUGCUCUUUUGGUUGCAAAAAGCUAAAUACUGAGAUAGUAUGUUGGUUUACAUGGAGACUGCUCGUAGGUUAGCACUUUGCCCCACAAUAGCGCAGAUUUUGUCCUUGAUAAAUCUCCCCCAUGGUUGGGUGGUAACAUGCUAUUCUAAUAAGCAUUAUUUUGUGCUGAGAAUCUUUCAUGAACAUUAUUGACCAUUGUGUUUAACUAAUGAAAUUACCAUUAUUUUAAUUGACUGAAUGAGAUAGGUAUAGAAGAGAGGAGAGGAAUGAGAAGGAAUAAUUCCAGCUGGGCUGGUAUAUUAUAAUUCUCCAAUACUUAUUCAGACUAUUUAUCCUCUAUGUCUGACAUGAUUUGUGACUUUAAACUGCAGUGCUGUCUCUUAUAUCUGCAGAGUGACAUUUCAGAAAUAGAUCCCUGUAAUUUCUUAUGCAACAUUAGGAGGUAUAAACAAGGCUUAAACCCCAAGACGCAGGAUCCUAGAACCCAAAACUGUAUUAUUGACAUUUAACUUUUGGUGCCUUUAUAACUCCUCCAUCUUUAUAAAAUCAAUUUUGUAUGUAAAAAAAAAAGAAAAAUAAAAUAAGGGGGGACGGGGCCGUGCUUCAGUGCUUCCGUGCUGACUGGACACAUGGAAGAUCAGCUCCCAUUAUCAAUAAACAUUUGGACCAAUUUACGGGUUCUGACCGGUGUCUGGCGUUGAGGAGCGAUAACACACACUAACCAAGGGUGCUAACUCACCUUCUGAGUUUGAAAUCCGCACCCUGAUCUCUUGUGACGAAACAUCCAGCAAACAAUCCUGCUUGGGUGGUGAGUGGAGUAGUCGGCCGCUGCUCUGCUAUCCUGCCUGUCGGCAAUGCGUGGCUCCAACCCCGUUCCCCCCCUCUGGGCCGGGGGGGGGAUUAUCCCAGUCCACCCUGGGGCCCAGAUAAUGCCAGGUCGCACUCACCUCUCAAGAUGGCGGUGACACCUGCUCUAAACCUCGAGCACUCUGUGAAGAAGGCGCCCUCCCUCGGUGCUCUUGGCGCCCUCUGUGGACAACCAUGGAAACCAGCACUUGGAAUACCUGUGGCUUUAAUGGUCUGACCCGGGCGCUAAGAAUCGACUUAAUGCCCUUCAGCUGUGCCACUAUAAAAUAUGAGUAGAACCACUGUAGGGCUCCUCUAUACCAACUACAAGCGGAUGACCCGAAUACACUCUGCAUCAACUAGUUAUACAACCUGGGUGGCAGUCUGGCGGCAUGCCGUUUGAAGGGACUGUGUCCUGCUGGUGGGGGGGAUUGAGUAGUCUCUAGGUGGGGUCUGGGGGUGUCUCUUCAUGUUUGACCCGCUUUCCUUAUGCUAUUUUCUUUUUAUCGUCCUGUUCCACUGAUUGGCUAAGCAUAUGGUUGGGCUCAGGGAUCUUUAGUAGCGAAGGCAUGUGUUCCUCAGUUUUGUGAUAUCCUUCAGUUUCUUUUCUCACAUGCCACACUAUCUCACGUAGUUAUUUUUCUUUACUUUAAAACGUAUUGUGCAGUAUCUACGACAUAAACAACCUAUUUUAUUAAAUAAAAAUGUGCUAUGACCUUGCAUGCCAGACCAAUGUUUUUUUUGUGUGGUUCGCAUGGCUAGCUCUAGCUAUUGUGGCAUUGCCAGCCUGUCUGUAAUACCUAUGCAAGUAAAAUAAAGAAUAAAACAUUUUUUUUUUUUAAAUAUCUGUCUUGGGGCGUGUCCUACUGCGGAGCUGAAUGGACGUGCACUAGUUCAGCUCUCCAAACCUCGAUCGAAAAUCCACUCUAAUCGUAGACUCUACCCAAGUAUGGGGAACCCUAAGAGACAAAAUUCCUCCCACAUUUCAUCAAGGAGAACACCUGCAACAAAAUCGGGCUCUCUAACUCGAUAUUACUACAGACCGCAAAUUGGAGGCCGCGGAAAUCAAAAUGGCGAUGAUGGAAAUCCAAACGGACUCCUCUCCACCUAGUCCAGCACCAUCUGAAGGCUCUUAUAAAUCGCAGGAGAUGCAUCUCCAGCACAUAUUUUGGGUAUCUGGAUACAUUUUUGAUAAUUUAUUAGGAACAUAAUGCCAUCUAUUAGUAAUUUUAUAAUGGCUCUAAGUGAUAUUUAAGUAAUGUAUGGCUUUAAUUACUGCAUUAUUUGCAAUUAUCCACUCUUUUCUAGAGAUACUGAUCUGUAAGUCCUUUUCCCAGGAAUUAAAGGACCACUCUAGGCACCCAGACCACUUCAGCUUAAUGAAGUGGUCUGGGUGCCAGGUCCUUCUAGGGUUAACCCAUUUUUUUUAUAAACAUAGCAGUUUCAGAGAAACUGCUAUGUUUAUGAAUGGGUUAAUCCUUCCCCCUAAUCCUAUAGUGGCUGUCUCAUUGACAGCCAAAAGAGGUGCUUGCGUGCUACUCACUGAUUUUCACAGUGAGAGCACGCAAGCGUCCAUAGGAAAGCAUUGUAAACGCUUUCCUAUGUGACCGGCUGAAUGCGUGUGCAGCUUUUGCCGCGCGUGCGCAUUCAGCCCAGGAGGAGGAACGGAGGAGGAUCGGAGGAGGAGAGCUCUCCGCCCAGCGCUGGAAAAAGGUAAGAUUUUACCCCUUUCCCCCUUCCAGAGCCGGGCAGGAGGGGGUCCCUGAGGGUGGGGGCACCCUCAGGGCACUAUAGUGCCAGGAAAACGAGUAUGUUUUCCUGGCACUAUAGUGGUCUUUUAAGAGCUGGAAAGACUGGAAUAAUUUUAAAUAGAUCGCACAGGUUUACACAUCUUGAUACCAAUUUUUUAUUACUCUUAAUAUUUAGUAUAUUUAAGAAAGAUUGUAAACCUUCUGAAGUUUCUUCUACUUUGUGUUUGUUUAUAAAAUGCUUUAUCCUUAAGUAUGUAAAAUUUUCUUUAUAUGGAAGGGAAAAAGGUUUUCUAAUUUGUUCAAAAGGAACAAUCUGAUUUUGUUGCAUAAUCUGAUCGAUUCUAUGUAUACCGUUAGCCUUCCAAGUUCUAACACUUAAGUCUUCAAUAUUAGCUGUCAGGAUAUUUAAUGGCAAAUUUUGUCUACAAUCUUGAGUCUCUUUUUCCAGUUUUUCCAAUGUAGCAUUAAAUUAUUAAUGAUUAAACCCAUCUAGAGAUUAUCCUUAUUGUUAGUUUUCCAAAAUACGGAUAAUAAAUCUGGGACAUUCAUUCUUAUAGCUUCUAUUUUGGCCCAAGCUUCCUCCAUAGAACUCUCUUUCAAAGUUGUAACUAUAUGAGCCAAUGCGCAUGUCUCAUACAACUCUAGCAUGUUAGGCAAACCCAUUCCUCCAUUUUUAGAAUUUAAAUGUAAUAUCUUUCUAUUGACUCUAGUUUUUUUUUUAACCAGAUAAUUUUUCUAAAGCAGACUGGAUCAUUGUAAGCCAUGGUUUUGGGACUUUUAGAGGAAGCAUACGAAAUAUGUAGCUCCAUUUCGGGAUUAUAUAGGAUUUUAUUAAGUUUAUCCUGCCUGUCCAUGAAAUCUCUGUGUUUCUUAAAUCUUGUAGUUGUUUAUUUGUUUCAUUAAGGGCAAGAUAUUAUUCUCUACAAUUUUAUUUGGAUCCCUAGAAAUUUUUAUUCCCAAAUAUUGGAUGACUUUUACCCAUUCAAAGUCAUAUUUUGUUUUAAUCCUUGCUUGCACAUCUUUAGAUAAUUUUUUUGCUAAAAGCUUGGUUUUAUCUGUAUUUAGGUUAAAGUUUAAAUAUUUGCCAAAUUCUGAUAUAACUUUUAAUAGUUCCUCAAUUGAUGUUUCUGGGUCUGAAAUAGUAGCCAAGAUGUCAUCCGCAUCAUUUAAUAAUGUUUUGUAUCUUCUUGGCCUAUUCUAACUCCUUUAAUCGUUGGAUUAUCUCUAAUUUUACAAACUAGAGGCUCAAUAUAUAUCAGAUACAGCAGAGGGGAGAGGGUACAGCCUUGUCUUGUUCCAUUAUCGAUUUUAAACCAAUCAGAUAUAACUCCCCUCCCUAUAGUUCUAGCCAUUGGGGCAACAUAGAGACCCAUAAUGGCAUCUAAAAUCCAGCCCUCAAAUCCAAAGGCUCUCAGAGCCGCCCUCAGGAAGUCCCACCUGACCCUGUCAAAGGCCUUUUCCGCGUCCAAUGACAGGGUCAGAAGUGGGACAUCCGACUCAUGAACAGCAUCCAUAAUAUCCACUAUUGUCCUUACGCUAUUAGUAGAGUAUCGGUCUCUAAUAAAACCGACCUGAUCUUUAUGGAUCAAGUUCGGUAAAAUGGUUUGCAACCUGUUUGCUAAAAUGCUUGAGUAUAUUUUGAUGUCUGUAUUUAACAGCGAAAUAAGACAAUAGUUCUUUACAUAUUCUGUUGUUUUUUCUGGUUUAUGAAUUGGAAUGAUGUUUGCAUAUAGCAUUUCUUUUGGAAUGUCUUUUUCCUUUACUAUGUUAUUAAACAGAUCAUUUAGAUGGACUAGCAGGAUGUCUUUAAAUUGUUGGAAAAAUACAUUUGAAUAGCCAUCUGGACCAGGGGUUUUAUUUUUUUUUAGAGUAUCUAUUGCCUUCCCGAUCUCUAUUUCUGAAAAAGGUUCACUAAUGGAUUUGAAUUGUUCCAUAGAUAGUUUUUUCAUAGAUUUAUUAUUCUUAAAAUAUGAAUCUGGGUUAUUUUGUUGGUUAGGUAGGUUGUACAAGUUCUGAUAAAAACUAUUAAAUGCUUUACCUAUUUUUUCUACCGCGCAUUUUAUAUGCCUUGCGUUCCCCAUAGUACUCCCCAAGAAAUUCUUUGACACGGUUAGGGUGAUGGUCACGUAUUUUUUAUGGUCGUACUCGCAUCCUCGACUGGCAAACUCUCUCCUCACCAAACCAGUGCGUGCAAAUAGAAGCAUCCUUCUUUAAAAAUCCCAUCCUGGGGGCGGGGCUUAGCGGCGGAACGAGCCGGACGCCAUUUCUGACAGCUCUGAGCCAACUGAAACUGAAUCCGUCAACAUCACCAAAAGUACAUGCCAUCCACGCAAACAAUUACCAGCAUUGCCCGAGGGAGUCCAUCCUGCACCGCCCGAUGCCAUUCCGGUACAAUUCGAGGCAGGCAAAGCCCAAAACGAAAAUCCGGGCCUACUACUCACCAAACAGCCGCGGCCUGGAGUACUUGUGGGGCGGAGAGAGCCUGGGAGACCCAAGCGAAGUCCAUCUACAGGACCCCGACCAAUCCCACGAGGAGAUGGGGCGCAGAUCACAAAAACCACACCAAGGUACUGCCACAGCACAGCCUGAUAUAGGGGCACUGCUGCAGAAACAAACCCCAGCCAAAAUGGCACCCGACCAGGGCCCAGACCCCCCACAGGCAGACACCCCACCUGCACAAACCACUCAGGGGAACACACAGAGAUCCCCACAGCUCACACAGACCACAACCACCAAACCCAUACCCCCACAGGGAUCAGCAGACCCAGCCACAAAGCAGGACCUGCAGCAGUUGCAAACUAUGCUGCAGGAUAUACAACACCUGCUGGCAGCAGACCUACCAGCGCUCAAAACGAGCAUGCAACAGAUCACAGAAAAAGUGACCACUACUGAAAACCAAGUCAAAACAAUACAGGGAGAAGUCUCUACGCUACAAGAUUCGCUCCACCAACUACAACAAGACCAGCAACGCUUAGCAAUACAACUAGCGACGCAGGAGGACAAAAACCGGCGCAACCACAUCAAAAUCAGAGGCAUCCCGGCAUCGGUGAGCAAAGAGGACCUACCGCAUUACGUGAGGCGACUCACACAAUCACUACUCCCCCCCGCAGUAACAAAGAAACUCGCCUUUGCAGGGAUUUACCGCCUACCCACGCCUCCCAGAGCUGCCGCAACGCUAGCCGGAGAUGUCAUUGUCCGUUGCGCCCUACCGCAAGACAAGGGGCACAUCAUGAGCGCAAUCAGGGGUAAGACCCCGCUUGAAUUCGAGGAAACCCAACUGACCUUUUAUCAGGACUUAUCCAAGGCCACCCUCCAGUGGAGAAAGUCGCUUACGGAACUCACCGGCCAUCUGCGUACAGCGGGGAUACCAUAUAGAUGGGGGAACCCCCGCUCUCUGCUCAUCACCCACCAGGGGACCACCCAUAAAAUCACCUCAGGGACUGAGGCCCCUACACUACUCACAAAAUUGGGCCUGCAAAACUUGCCCAACCUGAGCACUCCCCACGUCUGGAAUCCAGAUACCUCGGAUACGUUUGUGCCGAGAAGACAGAGAAUGGACACGCAAGCCACCUGACGGACAGGGGGAGAGAGGUCUCUUAACCCUGCCCGCUCAAUGGCGAUAUCCAUAUGUCUUGUUUACCACAACUUGUAUUCCCCCCACCCUCCGCGCAAUACAUUUCUGAUGUUGAAGUUCUUACCUGUUUACCGCUAGCUAGAUGACUUAGCUGACGAGGACGCUGGCGCGCUGCCGCAUUACCAGACCAUAAGCUAUAGCCUAAGCCAAAACCUACCCCCCCGACAGCCCCUAGGUUAGGGCUACCACCCCUCAUGAGUGGUCCCCAGCGGAACUAGACGACCAAGCCACUUCAGAACACGUGUACCACUCACCAGACUACUUGACCGACGAAACUACACCUACUGCACCCACACGGACCCUAGCACCACUCCGCAUCUCCACACAUACUUCCUAACACCAUUAGGGUCACGCCUUCGACACCAACCCAUGACCUAGGUACUGCACCCGCAGACGAGUAACACGACUAAACCCCUAUAUGACCCAACCUCUACCUAGGAUGUUACGCAUGUUAAACUUAAUGAAAAAUUGUGCUAAAAUUUAUCAAAUGCAUUAUCUAACAAAUGUUGAAACCUGUUACCUACUCAAACGAUGCAUACGAUGCAACAUGUCUAACUCUUGUGCACGCAAAAAUAAAGAAUUAUAUAAAAAAAUUAAUCCAAAAUUCAAUAAAUAAUUGUGAAAUAAAAAAAAAAAAAAAAAAAUCCCAUCCUGACAAUACCAUGGCACAAGUCAGGCCAAAUGUUACUACGACAUAAACACAACCCGACCAUUGCAACCACGCUGAGAGAAUGGACAAACAUUACGCGGGUGGGGGAUCUAUCUCCAUACCCCUCCCCACUCUAUCCGCUCACUCACAACCCCCUCCUACAAGCAGGCUCCUCCGGUAAGCCAUAUCAGCUGAGUCACAACAAGCCCUACCUCAGACUCCAGUACAUGGUGCAAGACCACAAAUUAGUACCUCAGAGCACUCUCUUCUCAACAAAAUCACCUACAGGCAUGCAACACCUCUACUAUACACAGAGAGCUCACUUUAUCAGGACUUUGAAGCUCCUGCCGGAUGGAGAUAGGGACCUUAGAGCUUUCGAGCAGCUGCGCAUCUCACACAGCUUAAAGCAAAAGACACUCUCUACUAUGUACACGAUGCUACAAAAAGCACAUUCCCCUGAGCCCCCAGGGUUCACCAGGAAAUGGACAGAUGAAUUGCAUGUAGAUAUCACACCUGACCAGUGGCAGAAUAUAUUCCUAAGCGUACACAAGAUAUCUAUGAAUCUACACAAGAAAGUAAUUACAAACGGCUCACUCGCUGGCAUUACACCCCAACGAAAAUACACAAAAUACAUAAGGACACCACAGAUGCGUGCUGGAAUAACCAGAUGCACACCGCACACAUCUGGUGGCAAUGCCCUACAAUUACAAAAUACUGGAAACAAAUUUACACACUGGUACAGACAAUCACGGCAACACAGUUUCCUUUUUCCGCAGAUCACCUCCCUUUUCUCUUACCCCCCUAACAGCGAGGACAGGGAUAGACCUGGCUACCCACUUACUUAUGGCAGCAAACCAACUAAUUCCAGUCCAUUGGAAACGGAUAGAACCCCCGUCCAUUAGGGAAUGGAUCAAAAGGGUAGAGGGUGUAAGACACAUGGAGGAAAUCAUUUACGCCAAGUCCGAAAAUGACACAAAAUUCACGCACAUUUGAGCACCAUGGAACACUUUUAUACUAGCAGAAACCAAUUCUCACUAAACGGCAGACAUUUCCGGACCGCACGCACUAUCGCUCAGACGUAGAUGAUAAAGGUGAGAGAGCCAACUCUCGAAUAUCACACAUCUCAGGUACUUCAAAAACACCACACCCUGAGGUAGACAAUACAGCUAUUGAUACGACAUAAUCCGUACUGGUGACCAUAACACACUCCUGCGAUGACUUGACAUUCCUCAUUGUAAUGAACUACACAUACGCCAAAACAUACGAUGCCAAAUAUACACUAUAAUUUGACCUUAUCUUUGAACCCCAAAUGUUGAACUGUUAACACAAAUAUGUUCUAGUGACAGAUGGUAUACGUAUUGCUUAUUACAAAAGACUUUGUCAAAUGCAAACUUUGAUACUGUAGAAAAACACUAACACUAUUUGCGAGACUGUUAUUCUGUAAAAUCGUCAUUUGAGAUCUUUUGUUACAUUGAACAGAAUGUUAAUGUGAACACUUUGGAAAACCAAAAAAAAAAAUAUUAAUAAAAAAACAAAAACAUAUCUGUCUUGAUACUGUUAAGACGUCUGUGUCAUGUAAAUAGUUAGGGAGCCUUCAGUAAUGUGCAGACAUAUUGUGGCUAACAUUUAUAGAGCUGACAUGAUAGGUCAAUUAAUUAAUGUACUGACUCUUCAAACCUUACAGUUCCGUGUUUCAUUCCCAGCAGGAUCACCUCAGCUUUUUAUCCCUGCAAACUCUGUGAAAUAAGUACAGUUGAGCUGGAUAAUAGUAAUAAUGUUUAUUCCACAGGAAAAAAAAAACAGUCUCAAAGUAUCCUUCCUGAUAAAAACAUUGAUUAUUAAAUAAGGGAGUUCCCAGCUAUGUUUGUAUACCAUCUGUUGGUCGGUUUGAAGAAAAUGCGUACAAACUCUGUACUAUUCUUACAAGUUACACAUUUUGGCAAAUUUGUUUCCCUUACAAAUUGGGGGCAUGCCAGCCAUUCAAUUUUUAUAUGUCACUUCACAAAGAAAGCGAUAUAAAUACUGAAAUAAAGUAAUGAGACUUUCUCUUCAUAUUGCUAUUCCUGCUGUUCCUCCCCAGGAGUUUCCUUCCUUGGUAAGGGGAUUGAUAAUAACUUGGCAGCACAUGUAGGAAUGCACUACAUUCCUAAACGUGGAAAUAAAACGUAUAAUAACCCAGGUUUUUUUAUAUAAUUCAGCCAGAGAUCUAAAAUCAGAAAAUGGAAGAUGAUAUAUUACUUUGGAGCCAAUGGCUCAUUCUAACAGCUAAAACUGUGUUUUGUUUUUUAACCCCUGCUGUGACAUUCCGUUUAUUCGACGACCCCCAAUUUUAGACUAAAAAAAAACUUUCAAAAAAACAACAUAGUCUUAUACAUGGAAAAAUACCGUAUUUAUAUUCUCCUUCAUCCUCUGAGUGUAUCAGUGUCACUGUAUCUACCAUAACUGAGUUUGUAAAAGUCAUAGUUUCAAAUUAUAAACAUGUCCUUGUUUCCAUGGAUUGUUUUGUCUGUUUUAUCACUUGUUUUCAGCUACAUCCCCUGAAUGCAAAUUAUUAUCUGUAGUUUUUGAUAUUCCUGAUGCUGUCCCAUUAUACUGUAUUAUAUGUGCAAAUAUAGCUCACUCUACCCCUGUCUAUAGUUUGCACUCCAUAAAAAGUAUGACUUAGAAUAAUACAAUUUGCAUUCCACCACAUGUGAAGUGAAACUCUAAUUCCUAAUCAUAGUAAACAUAGUGUGCUCCAGAUACUCUGGAAUGCAACUACCGUUAUUCUCAGCAGUUCUACCUUGAUAACAGUUGUAAUUUUCAGUGUCUGGAGUGCAAGAAAUCAAUAUGAAAACUCCUUAAUUUCUUUAAAGGACCAAUAUAGGCACCCAGACCACUUCAGCUCAAUGAAGUGGUUUGGGUGCCAGGUCCCCCUAGUUUUAACCCUGCAGCUGAAAACAUAGCAGUUUCAGAGAAACUGCUAUGUUUACACUGCAUGGUUAAUCCAGCCUCUGCAAGCAAACUGUACAACACAAAGGUUGAAAUACAGUACAGGGUGCCACAAUCACAAAAUAUGAGGUGGUUAUAGUUACCAAAACGUAGAGUUAAGGAUCAAACUCACAUGAAAAAGAGAAACAGAGAAACUUUAAUACAUACAAAAUAUAAAAAAAUGAAAGUAGAAACACACGGAGUAAAUCGGACUUAUUUGAUGCUGGACGUCCUCAUGGAGUCCAGUGUCAAAAAAGAUCCCCAUAGGAAAGCAUUGCUUUCCUAUGGGUGGGUUUGAAUGUGUGCGCGCCUCUGCUCGGGUCCACUCGGGAGCUGACGUCGAUGGAGGAGAGGUCACCAAUGCCGAGGGAGCCCGGCGCUGGAUUACGGUGUCUAGGGCUCUAUAGCGUUAGGAAUACCUAUUUGUAUUCCUAAUGCAGUAGUGCUCCCUUAACUCCAAGCCUUGCUCUAAUCAUUUACUGUAACUUCCAUAAAUCCUAGCCUUAAUAGGACACUCCACUGUCCAAAUAAAAAAUCACUGUUUAGUAGAUACACCCCAAAUAAUAUAUGUAAAUUGAAUUAUGCUUUUUUUAUUGGGGGUAUAUUUAAAAAGCAUUUAAAAAAGCUGCAGUACUCUUAUCUGCAGCCUUUGCAAGCCCUCCCCUUCUAACCCCGCCCAGACUUUCUGUGUCUGUCCAAUCACAGACUUCCCAAUACAGCUCAAAAGUCUUUGCAAGGCAGAUUCUCUGACUCUCUUGAAUUUAGCUCCACUUAGCUAACCAAACCAGGAAGUAACCGGAUCACUUGUCUGAUUAACAGCCGGGGGUUGUGACAAGGUUAUUUUUUCUUCUAUUAAAACCUGCACUUUUUGUAAAAUGAAAAAAAAAAAAGGACACACUUUUCACAAAUAAAGCACUUCAGCAAGCUAAAGUGCUUUAAGGUCUGGAGAAACCAUUUACCAGUAAUUUCUAGCUCCACAGUAAUUCAAAAUCUUCCACCCUAACAAUGAGAAUAGCUGUAGUCCACAGUAUUAUGAGUGUAACCCUUUAAUUCAUUUUAUCCCCUUGCCAAAACCUAAACUCUUAGAGAUAGUCAAGCUAGUACUAUCCACAUGUAGUCUCGGUUCACAGUAUGCAAUCCUAACCAAUUAAAUGGCUGUUAACUGAUGCUGUGUUGAAAGAAAUGCAUUGCCAGGUCAAAGCUGACAUUUCGAACAUACCGUUAUGAACCAUUGCACCAUUCGGAUGUCUUCAUUUCAAAAGCAUUCCAUUAGAACUAGCUACUAUAUUCAGGGUAUAAACACCUACAUAUGAAAUAUAUCUGUCUCUCCCUCUCUCUCUCCCCUUGCACUCAGGCUAUAUAAGUAAAUCCAAUGCCGGAUGCUAUAAACCAGAGUCUGUAAAUACGAAAGUAUCAGGAAGAUAGCUUGCACUCAGUCUUUUUUAAAAUAUCAUACUUUAUUGAAAAUUAAUUAAAAAGUGGAUCAACGUUUCAGUCCCCAUCCGGGGCUGUCAUCAGGAUAUAUAUAUAUAUAAAAUCUAACUUCUGCAUAGACGGUAUUUUUCCUAUCACAGUGUUUUUAUUUUAUUGUCAAUGUACAUGUUUCCCAAGAGAAUAUCAUCAUAUGCUUCAUACUUGUUGAAAUCUACUAAAAACAUAAAUCACGCAAAGAAAUAGAGGUUUAGCGAUAAUAACAUUAGGGCUAACAUAUGGUAUUAUUAAAAUGCAGUGCGUAUUUAGUAAACAAUUAAUUAAUCAACUACUGUGUAAAGCCCCCUGCGUAAGCCCAUUAAAUAACAAAUAAAUGCAGCCUUGUUGUCUGCUCAUAAUUUUGAGCUUUGAAAUAUAUAGCUUAGCCAUUUCAUCCUGUCAUUUAUUAAAAAUAUGCUCCAAGUAACUGAAUGAUGAUUUAUUUACUAUUGAUCUGGCAUUGCUGGUGGAAUUAAAAGGUUUGUUUUGUCUUGUUGCACCCAAGAGCUAUGGGUUAUAUUACUAAUAAAAAUAUGCGUUAUGAGAGGCACACGUAACACGCCUGGGUGUAGAUACAUGGAAUUCCAUUCUUGUUGAAGUAGGAUAAAAUAACAAAUAAAAGGGUCCAAGAAUACUUGUAGAGAACAAUCAAAGUCUGUGUGAGAAUGCUAUCUGAAGCUAUACGUUUGAGCUCUAAGAUGUCACCUACAUGUAAAUGUCUGUGGUAAGCACUUUGCUUAUAUCUUAAUCUCAACCCCACCAUAUUGUUUUCCAAUAGAUAAUAUUUUAUUUAAAUGUUCUUGUUUGUUUGCUUUUCUAGUGGAGAAGGAUGUGAUCAUUUUAGGAGGUUUUAGCCUCCCCCCAGAUGUCGGUGACUUUGAUUCGCUGCGUAAAGAGAAGUUUCAAAACCUACUUCCAGCGAGCACCUUCACCAACAUCAGCACAAGUAACCCGCAGGGGAAUAAGUCCCUCGACAACAUCUGGAUCAGCAAGAGCUUGAGAAAAGUUUUCACAGGUAAGCAUUUUGUUACAAUGUAAUGGUAGUAUUGAUGGAAUGUGUUUGGGAUACAUUUACUUUGUAUAAUAACUACUUGCAAGUUCCAGAAAAAUUUUACUCUCAAGUUCAGUUGGGUGCUAUAGUGAGACGUGUGCUUCAAGUUAACUUGGGUAAUGAUUAUGUCUCUGCUCUGGCAAUGGGUCUGCCGCUCUCUAAGUAACACAGUGAAUGCCAAGUUUGCCACAAAUUAUUAGUGCCUGGGCUAUAACAUUUGCAUUUGGCUCACCAAAUUUUAAAUAGGUUUGGUCCCCCUUGAAAAAAAAGGGAAAUGGGAAGAAGAGAUUGUAGAAUACCUCUCAGCCCAAUUUGUGUCUGGUUGAAGGACUGAUAACCUGAAAAGCAGAAUAUGGCAUGAUUAUGCUUCUUCCUCUAAUAAAUGCAAUGGCAAUCCCUAAGCGCUCUCAAAGCACAAAUAAGACACAAAGUGCUAUAUAUUUAUGUGUAGAUAACAUCAUUAGUGUAAUUGGUACCGUUAUGUGGGAUUUCCAUGUUUAAAGAGACACUAUAGGCACCCAAACAACUUUAGCUUAAUUAAGCAGUUUGGGUGUAUAGAUCAUGCAUCUGAAAUCUCACUGCUUAGUUCUCUGCUAUUUAGGAGUUAAAGGAACACUAUAGUCACCUAAAUUACUUUAGCUAAAUAAAGCAGUUUUACUAUAGAUCAUUACCCUGCAAUUUCACUGUCAUUUAGGAGUUAAAUCACUUUGUUUCUGUUUAUGCAGCCCUAACCACACCUCCCCUGGCUAUGAUUGACAGAGCCUGCAUGGAAAAAAAAACUGGUUUCACUUUCAAACAGAUGUAAUUUACCUUAAAUAAUUGUAUCUCAAUCUCUAAAUUGAACUUUAAUCACAUACAGGAGGCUCUUGCAGGGUUUAGCAAGAUAUUAACAUAGCAGGGGAUAAGAAAAUCUUAAUUAAACAGAACUUGCAAUAAAGAAAGCCUAAAUAAGGCUCUCUUUACAGGAAGUGUUUAUGGAAGGCUGUGCAAGUCACAUGCAGGGAGGUGUGAUUAGGUUUCAUAAACAAAGGGAUUUAUCUCCUAAAUGGCAGAGGAUUGAUCAGUGAGGCUGCAGGGGCAUGUUCUAUACACCAAAACUGCUUCAUUAAGCUAAAGUUGUUCAUGUGACUAUAGUGUCCCUUUAAAUCACUUUUGCUUAUGUUUAUGCAGCCACAGUCACACCUCACCUGGCUGUGACUGCCACAGUCUGCAUGAAAAAAGUGGUUUCAUUUUCAAUCAGAUGUUAGCUUACUUUAAAAGUUUUUAUCUCCUGCUCUGUAAAUUGAACUUUAAUCACACAGAGGAGACUACUGUAUGGUCUAGAUGACUACUAAUACAUGAGAUAUGCAAUACUAAAUUAAACAGACUGUGCAAUAAAGGAAGUUUAAGCAUUAGAUCUCUCUUUACGAGAAGUGUAUAGGAAGGCUGUGUACGUCAAAUGCAGGGAGGUUUGACUAGGGCUGCAUAAACAAAGUGAUUUAUCUCAUAAAUGGCAGAGAAUUGAGCAGUGAGACUGCAGGGGCAGAAUCUAUACUCUUAUACUGCUUAAUUAAACUGAAGUUGUUUUGGUGCCUAUAAUGUCCCUUUAAGGGUACCAAAUUAUGGAUCAGUUUAGUAGAUAGCUCCCUAAUUUGGUAUUCUUAUGUAAAAUUUAAAGGGACACGGUAGGCACCCAAACCACUUCAGCUUAUUAAAGUGGUCUGGGUGCACUGUUCCAUGUAUCUUAACACUACAGUGGUAAUUAUUCCAGUUUCUGAGAUUAACUCCACCUCUAGUGGCUGUCUACCAGAACACCACUAGAGGGCUUUCUGGUGUGAAACAGACCUUUGGUCCGGUAUCUGAUGCUCAACGUCCUCAUGCUUUGAAUGAGGACCUCAUGCGUCCGAUUUUUCCCCCUUUGGAAAGCAUUGAUUAAUGCUUUUCUACGGGGAAAUCCUAAUGUGAGCGCAGGCAUUGACAAGGCAGGGGAAGAGUGUGGGCGGAGCCUGACCCAGCACCAAGGGACAUCUUCGCUGGAUUCAGGUAGGUGACUGAAGGGGUUUUAACCCCAUUCAGCCCUGCGGCGGGGUGUGGGAGGGGGGGCACUGUAGGAGACUAUAGUGCCAAGAAAACAGCUUUGUUUUCCUAGCACUGUAGAAUACCUUUAAGGAUACCAAAUUAAAUAAAGGUACCAAUUAUUUAAUUUAUAAAUAGGAACUAAUAAAUUAAUUGUACAUGGAAGAAUUUUCAGUCGUCAUUAUUCCAUUCUUUCAAUGUGCCGUUCAUAUAUUCGGAAUUCAGACGAAUGACUGAACGUGCCGAUAUUCUUCCUAAUUGUGAUUCUUCCAAAAACAAAUCAAUAAAGAUUUAGAUAGAUGCAUGAAUGCAUACAUGCGAGAUCAGCAUGUAUGUAAACAUUGACCUUUAAAUGGUGGGAUUCCCACAUCUAACUCUUUCUGUUUUGAUUUCAGGUAUCUCUUUAGUUGUAAGAGAAGGCCUCACUAAUCCGUGGAUCCCAGAUAACUGGUCCUGGGGUGGAGUGGCUUCGGAGCACUGCCCUGUACUAGCCGAAUUCUACAUUGACAAAGACUGCAAUAGGAAAGAGGUCAAUCCCAAGGCCAAUGGAGUCACAGUAGAAAGGAAUGAUGCAAAUACAAAGCACGAAAGAUGA